AUGGCCCAUUCAUCAAGGCCCGAAGGGCAUCUCAACCUUAACUACCUUCCCUCCUCGCAACCACGAUCUGGCACAUCUACCGGCAGCUCGUCUCCCAGCGAGCUUCCGCAAACCGGACAGACAAAGUCGCCCUUUGGAGACUCAAAUGGCCUAGCCGGCUCGUCACAGUCGAUUGGAGGCUCGAGAAUGGGGGCAGGUUCCCCUUCUCAUGAUCUUGGCAAUCGUCUCUAUCCCAAACGAGCCCGAGAAAUACAGGCGCAAGAAGGUGUGGCCUCACACCUCUGGGGAGGACCACCCACCAGCGGCAAUUCCACACCUCUGCGUGAGAAUAUUCCCGAGUCACCGAACCAAGACGAAUUCCCAGGUCUAGUGCCAUCACCUGAAACCAUAGCGUACAAUCCCGGUCGACGAACUCGUGCGGGAACCGUACCCUCACGCUUCUCUCCCGUCGGACCGCUCAAUGGACUCAACGUCCAAUCUUCCGUCAUCUCAAAGACUUCUAGACCUACCCCAUCUACCAGCCCAUUCCGCCCGCAAAAUACAACUGGAGUAGACUCAUCCAUGGUGUCUGCUCCAGGAACGGAGUCGAAUACAGUUUUGCUGUCUCGCCUCCGAGCUGGCUCGAUGCCACAGCGGCCCAAUCUUCUGAACAGCUCAAGUCCCUUCGGCCCUUCUGUCUUUUCGACAAACUGGUCAUCCGGGCGCGAGCGUGCCACCACGCUGGCCAGCAUAAGAUCUUCCGAAGGCCCCUCUUCGCCCACCCAGUCUUCCUUCUCGAAGGAUGGUCUUGCUGACGCCGACGUGAGAACCCUGGAUUAUUUGGGGUUGGCAGAAACACCCCAGCAGUCUCGUGCUAGCCUUGCAGGGCCAUCGGUUGCCAUGCUUAUGCAGCAGCAGCAACAGCAGCAACAACAGCCGACGUCUUCCCUGCCGCCUCUUCUCGCAGAAUUGGCCAUGCUCAAUCGUGGUUCAAACCGAUUCCGCUCCUACUCUGUUAAUGCAAAGGAGAAAUACGCCGAGGAAGACGAGGAAUUCGGCACACAUUACUCUACCAUCCCCUCAGGAACUCUAACUCCAUCCGCCGCCGCUACCGCCGCUCAACUCGCUGCCACCCAGGCCCAAAUCCAUCAACACAACCUUGCUGUCCAGGCCUUUGCAAACCACGCAUCCUCCAGCCGACCUCGAGCUCGUACUGCUGGUGUUUUAGACGCUCCUCUCCAACGCUCCUCCAUUCGCAACUACCUUGCAAGCCCCUCAAGGCUUGAGAACAGUAUAAAUGCUGCGGACAUUCGCAUUACGGAGGGCUCUGAGUAUGAUGGUUUACCUGAAGCCGUUCAGAGAAUGCAACUAGGAGGCAUGGGAGGACUAAGAGCGCAAGAACCUGUGGAUGAGAACAAUUUGGAGGGCCCUACCCGAGCAUUAUGGAUUGGCAGCAUUCCUGUCUCCACAACCGUCACGUCCUUGGAUGCUAUCUUCAAUGUAUAUGGUAAGAUCGAAUCAACUCGUGUUUUGACUCACAAGAACUGUGGAUUCGUCAACUUUGAGCGUGUCGAAAGUGCCACUCAAGCCAAAUCGCUUCUGAAUGGAAAGGAAAUAUUCCCGGGAGCCGGCCCCGUCCGCAUCGGGUAUGCCAAAGUCCCAGCUACUCCUGUUUCCGAGACGCCAGGACAGUCUGGCAGCCAAAACUCCCCAACGCCAGAUGCUGGUACCGGAGCUGCUGGGUCAGUGGCACGGGAUGGAACUCGCUCUACCACACAAGACGGCGAAGCUGCUAUCUCCUCGUCCAUCCCAGACCUGCAAGAAAUACAGCCUGAAAUGAGCAAUAUUGUUAUUGAAUUCGGUUCCUCCGAAUCUGAAUGCCAAAAUAUCACUAAGAGUAUUCAGCGAGCAAUUAACUUCACGGCAUUUGAAGAUGAAAUCCGUCCAGUUCCUGAACCCAGCCAAUCCCGAGUUUUUGAUGCUCCUCGUCUGCGCGAAAUAAGGAAAAAGAUAGACAACGGCGCCUGCAGUGCUCAAGAAAUUGAAGACACUGCCAAUGAAAUGCUUCCUGAAAUUGCCGAGCUAGCCUCUGACUAUCUAGGCAACACCGUGGUACAGAAACUUUUCGAGUUCUGCUCUGAGCCAGCCAAAGAGCAGAUGUUGAUACCGAUUGCUCCUCAUCUUGCAGAAAUUGGUGUACACAAGAAUGGUACAUGGGCCGCACAGAAGAUCAUUGACGUCUCCAAAGUAGACUCCCAGAAGCAGAUGAUCGUGGACAGCCUCAGGCCAUACACUGUCCCACUGUUUCUCGACCAAUACGGAAACUAUGUUUUGCAGUGCUGCUUGCGCUUUGGUCCUCCAUUUAAUGAUUUCAUCUUCGAGACCAUGCUUAGCCGCAUGUGGGAAAUCUCACAGGGACGGUUCGGUGCUAGGGCCAUGAGGGCUUGCUUGGAGAGUCAUCACGCUACCAAGGAUCAACAACGAAUGCUUGCGUCUGCGAUCGCGCUACACAGUGUUCAACUAGCAACGAAUGCUAAUGGUGCUUUACUUCUGACAUGGUUCCUCGAUACCUGCACGUUCCCCAACCGCCGUACUGUGCUUGCCCCACGCCUGGUUCCUCACCUUGUGGCUCUUUGUACACACAAAGUUGCCUACUUGACAGUAUUAAAGAUUGUCAAUCAGAGAAAUGAGCCAGAGGCUAGGGAGAUCAUCUUGAAGGCUCUGUUUUACAGCCCUGGGGAUGAGACAUUGGAAAGCAUUCUCAAGGACCAGUCCUCGGGUGCAACAUUGAUCUUCAAAGUCCUCACCACUCCCUUCUUUGAAGAAUCUAUGCGUGCAGAGGUAGUCAAGACAGUCGCCAAGGUGCUUACUAAACUGAAGACUACCCCUAGCCAGGGAUAUAAGCGGCUUAUGGAUGAGGUCGGUUUGUCUUCACGUACUGCAACUUCUCGUGAAUCCCACGGUCGUGACCACGGCACUAGCAAUGAUAGAGAGAAACAUCAGCGCCAGUCUGGCCAGCAACGCCAGGAAGGAAACAACUUCCCAGCCCAACAAAACCAGGCUGACCGCCAGUAUGGCACCCAGAUGGGUGCACAUAACAUGAACAUGCAGCAACCUCUUAGCUCUCCUCCAAACAUGGCACGGUCUAUCUCUUCUGAACAAGCUAUGCCGCAAUAUGACCCCUAUUCAUUCGGCUCCAUGAAUAGCCUUGCUGGCCUGCCAAUGACAAACCCCGCCAUUUCCCAAGAAAUGCCACCUCUAAAUCCACAACAGUACCAAUACCAAGCCUUCCUUGCUGCUCAAUCACGCGGCAUGCCGACGGCUGGAUUCUUCCCGCCCGGCCCCCCUGGAAAUGGUAUGGGAAUGGGAAUGAACGGUUUCCCAGCAACCACUGGUUCAACAUUAGAUAACUUCCGUUCUGUGCAACCGGCCAUGGCAGGUCCCAGCGGUGCUCCACUGCCAAUGGGCGGAAACUCGAUCCUUCAACCAACUGCAUACGGAAAUCAGCAGUUUAGCCCUGUCAUGGGUGCUGGACAACUGUACAAUUACCCUCAACAAUUUUAUCAACCAACCCCAGGAGCACAGGGUGCUCCACCUUCCGGACGACGUGGUCGUGUAAGUUUCUCUAGCCUCUAUUGGUCUAUAUUCUCCCCUACCUCAUAUGAUAAUUUGAUCUAA